AUUUGACAACCGGCGACCGAGUCACAUAGAAUCCUUGGUGGUGUUCCGAUUGCAGCCGCCACACUUAAAACUGUGUGCCCAAACAAAAAUUAAAUCCGUGUGCCCCUCCCCCCUACCUUAUCCUAGUACGUGUCAAUUUCCAACUGAAAGCAUCCAUCCAGUACAAGAUCCUCUAACAAAAACGAACGGCUCUGAUUUACCCAGUAUCCAAUCAUUUGCUGUUCGAAUCAAACAGGGAACACCGACCCUUUUCUCAAAUUGUUAUCGUCCAUAUCCAUUUCCAUCCCGUCAAUCCCUCCGCAAAAUUUCUCGAGUCUUGGCCCUUUUGGUUUGAACUCUUCUUUGGAGUUCGCUUUGGUUUUGAUGGGCUCUGUCCUUCCGCUUGCUCUGAUCUAUUGAGAAACCUUCCAAGGUGACGCCUUUUUAGGUUUUUUUCCGAUACCAAACCUCCCAAGUCUUCGCCUUUUUUUCCCCUUUGAGCUCCCUUCUCUCUUCUUCUUCUUCUUCUUUCCCCCCAAUCCACUGUUUUUUUAGAUUCUUUGGGGUUCUCGUUGGUUUUGAUCCUGUCCCUGUCCUCCUCCCUGCUCUGAUCUAUCGAUAAACCUCUAAAGGUGACACCUUUUUAGGGUUUUUCUCAUCUCCAAACCUCCCAAAGCUGGCGAACUCCCAGAGUAAAUGGAAGGCGAUGAGAAUUCAAAUCCCCGAUCCCCGCUGGAAGGAGAAUCGAGCCCUCGGCAUCCCAAUUCACUCAAUCCAGUCCCUCCGAUGCUCGGCCGGGAAGGCCUCAUCGACCGGACUCAGUUCGUAAGGAUUAUUAUUCAAGCCCUCUACUCCCUCGGCUACCGGAAGGCUGCUGCGGUGCUAGAAUUGGAUUCCGGAGUUCAGCUCGACUCACCAGAGUACACCUCCCUGUUGUUUGAUAUCAUGGCAGGCCGGUGGGACGAAUGUGUCGCGACUAUUAAUUCCAUUGACGAUUUGGAGGCGGAAGUGCGAGCUAGGGCCUGCUUUCUUGUCUGGAAGGAGCAAUUCUUGGAACUUCUGGGGUCCGGUGACGGGUUGUUGGCGGCGAAGGAUGUACUCUGGAAAAGGAUUGCUCCAUUGGAUAUGGAUCGGCGGAGGGUGCACAAGCUUGCCCGGUCGCUUAUUUCAUCGGAGGGCAUCGUCACAGAGGAGAACAGGGUGAGCAGGAGGAUUAAGUUGUUGUUGGAUUUGGUAGAGUUGCUUCCGCCAUGGGUACGGGUGCCAAGCGGAAGGUUGGAACAUCUUGUGGAAACGACGGUUCUUAAACAGGCAGCGUCUUGUUUUUACCAUAACUCGCCUGAUGCUGUUACUCUGUAUGCGGAUCAUGAGUGCAGCCAAGAGCAAAUUCCCUCAAAGUGCAUCCAGACCUUAUGUGACCAUAAGAAUGAAGUGUGGUUUGUACAGUUCUCGAACAACGGAGUGUAUCUGGCAACAUCUUCUAGGGAUUGCACAGCCAUUAUAUGGACGGUAAAAGACGAUGACACAGUCUCGCGGAAGCACAUUCUAGAGGGCCACAUGAAACCUAUCUCCUUUGUAGCAUGGAGCCCUGAUGACAUGAUGCUGCUCACAUGUGGCAAUGGAGAAGCCCUUAAAUUAUGGGAUGUCGAAACUGGCAUGUGCAAGCUUACAUUUACUGGUCCAGUGAAUCGUAUCAUCAGCUCAUGUGCAUGGUUCCCAAACUCGGAUAAAAUAGUGUGUGGCAGCUGCGAGCCAGAUAAUUGCAUCUUCACAUGUGACCUAGAAGGCAAGGAACUGGAAGUUUGGGAGGGAGAGAGGAUGCCAAAGGUCUCUGAUCUAGCUGUGACACCUGACGGGUGCUGCUUGAUCAGUAUAUGUUCCAGUAGAGAAAUCUGGAUACGUGACUUCCCAAGGGGAAAAGAACGGUUCAUACAUGAGGAUCAUUCGAUUACAUCACUUUCUCUUUCAAGGGAUGGACAGUCCUUGAUCGUCAACCUGAACAGUGAGGAGAUCCAUUUGUGGAAUGUCAAUGCAACAUCUGAUGUGCCAGAUAAAUUUAGGGGUCACAAGCAGGGGAAGUACGUAAUCCGAUCUUGCUUUGGUGGAUCAAAUUGCCUGUUUAUUGCCAGCGGCAGCGAGGAUUCACAGAUCUACAUUUGGCAGCGACAUCACGAAAUGCCAAUCAAAGUCCUGUCUGGUCAUUCGAAGACCGUCAACAGCGUCAGCUGGAACCCGAUGAAGCCUCAUAUGUUGGCAUCAGCAAGUGAUGAUGAGACGGUCCGGAUAUGGGUAGCCAAUAGAAACCCUACGAAGAUCUUUACAUGAGAUGCAUCAAUAUUUUUCGUCUUUCUUUCUUGUAAAUAUGUGUAAAUUGAGAGUGUAAUUCAGAUAUCAAUAAUUCUACAUCAUUUGUCUGUGCGCUCCAUCGAAUAAUUCAAGUUCUUUUGUCAGCAAAUCCAGUGUAAAAAAGGCCCAUAUCAUCUAUGAGAUUUUCAAAUAAGAUAUCUUUUUCUUCAAAAAAA